AUUUUAUAUGCAAUUAGCUAUCAUGUUCGUUUAGAAUUUGAUAUUAUGCAAGGAUCAGAUAUUGAGUUAGCAAUUGAAGGAAUCUGUAAAACAUCUGUAGCUUAUUUAGAACCAGAGCAUACUAAAG